GAAAGAGGAGAGGAGAGUAGAGCAGGAGCGGCAGCGGCAGCGCGCGCACACACCAUACAGAGGACAGGGAGACAGGCGAGACGAGACGAGACGAGACAAGACAGGACAAGACAAGACAAGAAUACAGCACAGCCGCGCCAGGGCAACAGUUUGCAAAACGGAGAAGUGACGCUAGCGUUUCAGAGCCGAGCUUAAAUCCUCCCAAAAAACCGCUGUUUACUUUGACGACUUGAUUAAAUAAAACGCGCAGCACUGAAAAGUAUGCAAAGGCGCGAGCGCGUCGCACGCGCAGCGGACAGAAAUCAAUCAUAGAUCUUCGAGAUCAGUGUCUCGUUUUCAUUUCCUCCGGGAAGAAGGAAGAGCACGAAGGAAGAGUCAUGGAUCAGACACUAGGUAGAAAGAUCAGCUAGCGCUUUCAGAUCCCGAAGAGAAGAGAAGAUACAGUGCACCUGAGAAGAGAUCAUGGAUUUCGGGACGAUACGGAACCUCAUCACUCGAUGGUGUGCAGGGGAGGAGAACUGGGUGGACAGCAGGACCGUGUAUAUCGGACAGAAAGUGCCACCCCCCGGCACUGAGGCCUACAUCCCUCAGAGGUUCCCCGACAACAGAAUAGUCUCCUCCAAGUACACCUUUUGGAACUUCAUUCCAAAGAAUUUGUUUGAACAGUUUAGAAGAAUCGCAAAUUUCUACUUUCUCAUCAUCUUUCUCGUUCAGUUAAUCAUCGAUACUCCCACCAGUCCCAUCACCAGUGGCUUACCACUUUUCUUUGUCAUCACUGUAACUGCUAUUAAACAGGGCUAUGAGGACUGGCUCAGGCACAAGGCGGACAAAGCCAUCAACCGAUGUCCAGUCCAAGUCGUCCAAAAAGGCAAAGUGGUUCGCAAGCAGAGUCGCAAUCUGCAGGUGGGUGACGUGGUGCUGGUGAAGGAGGAUGAGACGUUCCCUUGUGACCUGAUCCUGCUUUCCACCAGCAGAGACGAUGGCACGUGUUUCGUCACCACUGCCAGCUUGGACGGCGAGUCCAGUCACAAGACCUAUUAUGCAGUUCAGGACACCAAGGCCUUUAAUACAGAGAAGGAGGUGGACCAACUGCAGGCCACGAUAGAAUGUGAACAACCCCAACCAGACCUCUACAAAUUUGUGGGACGCAUCAAUAUUUAUUUGGACCGAGAUGAGCCCAUUGCGAGACCUCUGGGCUCAGAAAACCUGCUGCUGCGAGGGGCCACGCUGAAAAACACCGAGUUCAUAUACGCUGUGGCUAUCUACACCGGCAUGGAGACCAAAAUGGCCCUGAACUACCAGUCCAAGUCCCAGAAGCGCUCUGCUGUAGAAAAGUCUAUGAAUGCGUACCUGGUUGUUUAUCUCUGCAUCUUGAUCAGUAAAGCUCUAAUCAACACUGUCCUCAAGUACGUGUGGCAGGCCGACCCCAACCGAGACGAGCCCUGGUACAACCAGAAAACAGAGACCGAGCGCCAACGUCAUAUAUUGAUACGGGCCUUCACCGACUUCCUGGCUUUCAUGGUCCUCUUCAACUACAUCAUUCCUGUAUCCAUGUACGUGACCGUGGAAAUGCAGAAGUUCCUAGGCUCCUAUUUUAUUACAUGGGACGACGAGAUGUUCGACGAAGAGCUGGGAGAAGGAGCGCUUGUUAACACCUCGGAUCUUAACGAGGAACUCGGGCAGGUGGAGUAUGUCUUCACUGAUAAGACGGGAACUCUGACGGAGAACAACAUGGAGUUUAUCGAGUGCUGUGUCGACGGUCACGUGUACGUACCGCACGUCAUCUGUAAUGGCCAGAUCAUAGCUGGAGCCAGCAGCAUCGACAUGAUCGACUCGUCGCCUUGCAGUGAGAGGAAGGAGCAUGAGGAGCUGUUUUUCCGGGCGUUAUGCUUGUGUCACACGGUGCAGGUGAAGGAGGAGGAGACGGUGGACGGCAUUAAGCGGGGAAUCCACCAGGGAAAAUCUUCGUCCUUCUACAUAUCAUCAUCUCCUGAUGAGGUGGCGCUGGUGGAGGGCAUGAAGAGGCUGGGCUUCACCUACCUGCGACUGAAGGACAACCACAUGGAGAUCCUCAACAGGGAGGAGGAGAUCGAGAGGUUUGAACUGAUGGAGGUGUUAAACUUCGACUCUGUGAGACGGAGGAUGAGCGUUAUUGUCAGAUCCAGCUCAGGGGACUUCUACCUGUUCUGCAAAGGUGCCGACUCUUCCAUUUUUCCCCGAGUCAUCUCAGGGAAAGUAGACGAGGUCCGAGCCCGGGUAGAGCGUAACGCUGUGGAGGGUUUACGGACACUUUGCGUAGCGUACAAGAAGCUUUCUCAGGAGGACUACGAGGAAGUGUGUCAUCUCAUCAGCAGUGCUAAGCUAGCUCUGCAGGAUCGGGACAGAAAACUGGCUGAGGCGUAUGAUCUGAUCGAGAGAGAUUUUAUCCUGCUAGGAGCAACAGCUGUGGAGGACCGGCUGCAGGACAAAGCGGCCGACACCAUCGAGUCCUUGCACAAGGCAGGCAUGAAGGUGUGGGUUCUCACCGGUGACAAGAUGGAGACGGCGGCUGCCACGUGCUACGCCAGCAAGCUGUUCCGCAGGAGCACGCAGAUCCUGGAGCUGACCACCAAGAGGACGGAGGAGCAGAGCCUACACGAUGUGCUGUUCGACCUGAGCAGAACCGUACUGCGGCAGCACGGCACCAUGAGCCGAGACACUUUCUCUGGCUUGUCUAACGAGUUCAUGGACUACGGGCUGAUCAUCGACGGAGCCACUCUGUCUGCAGUGCUGAAACCGGCGCAGAACGGCAGUACAGGAAACUACAAAGAGCUCUUCCUGGAGAUCUGCAGGAACUGCAGCGCCGUGCUGUGCUGCCGCAUGGCCCCGCUACAGAAAGCGCAGAUCGUCAAGCUGAUAAAGAUGUCGAAGGAGCAUCCCAUCACUCUGGCCAUUGGAGACGGUGCCAAUGACGUCAGCAUGAUCCUGGAAGCUCACGUGGGCAUCGGCAUCAUGGGUAAGGAGGGGAGGCAGGCAGCCCGUAACAGUGACUAUGCAAUUCCGAAAUUUAAGCACCUGAAGAAGAUGCUGCUGGUGCACGGCCAUUACUACUACAUCCGGAUAUCUGAGCUGGUGCAAUACUUCUUCUACAAGAAUGUGUGCUUCAUCUUUCCCCAGUUUCUUUAUCAGUUCUUCUGUGGCUUCUCCCAGCAGCCACUGUAUGAUACAGCAUAUCUCACAUUGUACAAUAUCAGCUUCACCUCGCUGCCCAUCCUGCUUUACAGUCUGAUCGAGCAGCACAUCAAUAUGGACAUCCUGAAACGGGAUCCUUCGCUUUACAGAGACAUUGCGAAGAAUUCUCUGCUCCAAUGGCCCAUCUUCAUCUACUGGACAUUUCUAGGAGUCUUCGAUGCGGUGGUCUUUUUCUUUGGUGCUUUCUUCCUGUUCGAUAACACCAGCUUCACCAGCAACGGACAGCUAAUGGCCACAAACACGCAGAUGAUGUUUGGAAACUGGACAUUUGGAACUCUGGUGUUCACAGUGCUGGUAUUUACAGUCACGUUAAAGCUCGCUCUGGACACACACUACUGGACGUGGAUCAACCAUUUCGUCAUCUGGGGGUCUCUGCUGUUCUACGUGAUCUUCUCAUUACUCUGGGGCGGCAUCAUUUGGCCGUUCCUGAACUAUCAGAGGAUGUACUACGUCUUCAUGCAGAUGUUGGCCAGUGGACCGGCGUGGCUCAGCAUCAUUCUGCUCAUCAUGGUCAGUCUGCUGCCCGACGUGCUUAAGAAAGUGCUGUGGCGAGCCCUGUGGCCCACCACCACCGAGAAAAUACAGAAUGCAGACAAGCUGUAUAAUGGUCAGCUGUCGGAGUUUACCCCUCUGUCCUCCAUCCACACUCCACCUGUCCACAAACAGGGCGCCGAUGAGGAUCAAAGCCACGCCCAUCGCAGGUCUGACUCUUCCCCUCGUAAAAAAGUGAUGUACACCCGCUGGGGUGGUGGCCCUGACUACUGCACUUUCCGGCCUUUCUUCCGAAUUGGGGGAAACCCCAGGCUGUCUGGGAUGGCGUACGCCUACGCCACACCCGGGCGUGAAACUUCCAUCUGAAACGAAAAUCUGAGCUAAUAUUGAGACUUGCACACGAUAGUGCAGACCUGAUCCUGAAAUUGCAAAUUGUUCACAAAAGUAUUCACUUGAAAAUCACACUCUGUUCGCCAAGGCAGCACACAGCAGCAAGGCUGGGUGUUGGUUGGUGGUUUGGAAGCAGGCUUAAAAGGGCCAGCAGAUCCAUAGGAGUGUUUAAAGUGCUGUGUUAAGGGGCCUUUUUUUACCCUGAUUCCCGUGUAUAUGCUUGUUUGUGGUUGUGUGUGUUACCCUGAGUCACACCUCCCAUGUGAAAAUGACUUGAAACUAAUAUCCUGGCACUGAGCAGCUAUAAUACAACAUACAGCUUUCUCACUGGAUAGAAAUGAUCUGAAUGUGGAUAUAUAUAUAUAUGAUAUAUGUGAUGUGUACACUCACUGACUACUUUAUUAGGAACCCCUGUACACCUGCACAUUCAUGCAUAUGUCCAAUCAGCCAAUCACAUGGCCAAUCAUACACACAGUAGCCUCUGAUUCAUGUUCAGGUCUGAGAGAAGUGGAACCUGUUGUAGUUCUUCCACCUCACCGUUUGUUUAUUCGAAUCGUGUAACUUCCUCGUCUGCCGAUCCCUCUCUGGAUGUUUUUCUUUGUGUAAAGACCUUCUGACGUUUGAUGUGAACAUGACAUUACAUUGCUGUGCAUGAUAAUAUGCAUUACGCCAUUGCUGCUGCAUGAUUGGCUGAUUUGCCGGUGAUGAACGCGCAGGUGUACAGCUCCACUGAGUGUAUAUGACAUGGACUUGUGUGAUCUGUACACAGAUCCUCACACUUAUUUCUUCCUUCUCUCUCGAAUUUUCUUCCCUUCCCCCUUUUUUUUUCUUUUCUUCCUUUUUUCAUUUUUUUUUUCUUUUAUUUUAUUUUUAGAACUAACUGGUGUUGUCUUUGCGCAACUCUGGUUUUGAGGAACACUCCGUAAAGGCACCGUUAUGUUGAAUUGUAAGUGGCUGAACUUCGGCCAUCGUUGCAUCUUUACUCCACUAGAUAGAGCUCGCCAAGAAUGCCAUAGGUGUGUGUGUGUGUGAAGUAGUAGUAGUGUGUGUGUGUUUGUGAGACAUGAGACAAAAGCUAGGACUGGAUUGUCUCAGCUUUGUCAUUUGUAAUAUAAUUGCACCAGUUCAGUAGCUCAUAUGACAACUUAUCAAUUUAACUCUAUAGCUAGAUAAAUAAGUCUAAAACCGAGUGGCAGCUUGUUAGUCCGGUGUAGGUGCUCAAAGAUGUGCUAUAGCUAUUUCUGUCACCCCUUUCCCUUUCCCCUUAUAUCCUUAUCUUUAGCUUUUCUUUAUUUUUUUUUGGUUUUUUGGACAAACCUGACUAUCUACCUUAGCAUCCAUGUUCUUCUGCCUUAACGCUGUAACAUUUCCCAUGCUUCAUACUGUGGUCUGGACACCAAAGGUUGUAAAAUAAUAGAUAAACGGAGUAAACUAGUGUUCUUCUUGCCUUACACUGAUGUUGAGGGAGCGGGGAAAGGGGCGCAUGACGGCAUUAGACGAAUCCCACCGCACUGCCUUAAGUUCACACGCUGCACCAGCAGACAGCUGGAUGGUAGACGGUUCCCUUUUAGACUGAUCGCAGGUCAGUUUUUCCUCUUUUACUACUCUAUCUAUCUAUUGAUCUAUUGAUCUAUCUAGGUAGAUGGAUAGAUAGAUGGAGAUAUCACUGUAUUUUGCUAUAGUAUGAAUAUUUCAGUUUUGGAUUGUUGAACGGAAAAGCUGGUUGAAGAUCAGUGUAAAAACAGGAAUAUAUAUAUUUUUUUUUAGAGAGAUAGCAGUAGCAAGCUUCUCAUAACAUCUGCUACAGCAGGCUAAGGGACGCAAGACUCCUCAAGACGAUCUCUAGUUUUUAUUUUCACUCCCAGUGGCAGCAAGCUUUGCUAUAUUUAGGUGGCUCGUACCUAAUGUUUGUAUUUUAAAAGGUUUUAUUUCACUGUUGAGCCUCAGUGCGGAGUCUUGUGUCGCUACGCUAGCUUCAUUCUGUCACUAUAAUCUGCCUGAUCAGCAUUCAUAGUCACUGUCUGUUUGUCUGGUGUAUUCAUGUGUCACCUGAUCACCCGGUCGAUUGGCUUACACCUGAGAUGGCUCCUGUUCACUAUGUUGCACUUCCCUUUAAUUCAUUGACCUCAUAGUGAAGAGAAGCCAUAUAAAUCAUCUCAUUUAUAAAAUAGAGCCAAUAUGAUGAUAUUACAGUACAAGAGAUGGUUAUAGGGUGAUGCUCUGUAUUACAGUUCUGUUUCCUCAAGGCUUCAUGACGCAUACAUAAGGCCUUCAUGACAGCUGGCGAAUACGGGUCAGGUGUCAGGUGUGCGCUCGCGUAAACUCUGCUUCAGAUGUGGAGUUGAUAUAACAGCUGAAUUAAGCGACAUCUGGUAGACGUGAGUUGGUGUUUGGAUGACCUGCAUUUUUAAACUACAAGAACGUAGCUCUGUUAAACAUCUCAGCUGUAAAAACACUAAGAGAAAUAACACAACACUUUUAAAUGAUAUCAUCAUUUAUUAGAAAUCCAAAUGGGGGUCAGAAUGCAGACCUUUUUACACAUACAAAAAUACCCCAAAAAAAAAAUAAAAACGAAAUCUUUUCCUCAUCAUUAAUAACAACAGAUGAGCUAAUCAACACAUGAAUCUACAUUGAUUGACCGCUAUGUAGGUGUUAUCUCUAAUAUCUCUAAUAUUUGACUGACAACCCUGUUAGCCCCGCCCUCCUUCCAUCCCAUUUCUCGCUUCCCCCGCCUCCACAACAAGCAAACUAUUACAACUAGAAAUUUCAGCUGAAAUGGUAAAAAAUGUUUAUUUUUUCACUCUAAAAAGAAAAUAAAUAAAACAAGGCCUACAUCAACAUGUCAAUAAUAAUAAAAAAAAUAAUAAUAACACUAUACGGAUUAUAAUAAAAAUAAUUGUACAGUCCAGGUGCUCGGGUUUGGGUGAUGAUGGUGAAGCUGCUGCGUGUCUGUUUUAUUUAAAAUCCUGACACUAGAAAUGUUUCUGUAUUUAAGAUCAUUUUCCUAGAAUAGGAGAAAAGAAUGUAAACGUUUCUAUUUUCUAAUCUAACUUUCUACUGUUUAUAUAAACAGACACCUGGCAGUUUUUCCUCCUCGUAUAUAUAUAUAUUCGCACACUAGCGCCUUAUUCCUCGUCAGGGUUGCCAGGUCAGCGUUAUGUAAUAACGUUUAUUAUGCAGCUCUGUACUCAUUGAUCAUCGCAGCAGUGCAAUAAACGACAAAAAGUCAGUCAUCAUGACGGUACAACACAAAACAGUUACUUCCUCUCUCUGUUAUCAGCUGGACUUCAAAAAUUCCUGAAGGCAGCAGUGGACAGCUGUGGGAAAAGUAAUAGAUCAUAUAGAUUUAUGUCGGUUGUCAUGAAGGGUUUAUGUACUGUGUCACACAGCUCUUGGAACACUGCCCUAACAUUGUACAUCUAAUCUAAUCUGAUCUAUCUAUGUACAUGUUGGAUCAUUCUUAUAGUGCAAUGCUUAGAUAAUUCUCACAUCUUAACUGUGUGUAUUAUCUCCUUUCCUUUUACAUUCCUUUUUUUUUUGUCUUUGUCGUUUCUCGCAUUCUCAGACGUGUCGGAUCCGAGACUCUCAUCUGCCUUCAUACGUACUUUCACUGUCUUUGUUUCCAAAAAUCUCAUGGCUGUUUAUAGAUCUCUGAGCUUAUAACAUUGUUAUCCAUGGCAGAGCUUGAGACAGAGACAAAGACAUACGCUAUAUUGACGAAAGUUUUGGGACAUCUGCCUUUACAUGCACAUGAAUGUAAUAUGGAGUUGACCCGCCCUUUGCAGCUAUAACAGCUUCAUCUCUUCUGGGAAGGCUUUCCACAAGGUUUAGGAGUGUGUUUAUGGGAAUUUAUGACCGUUCCUCUUGAAGUGCAUUUGUGAGGUCAGGAUGAGAAGACCUGGCUCACAGUCUCUGCUCUAAUUCAACCCAAAGGUGUUCUAUCAGGUUGAGGUCAGGACUCUGUGAAGUUCCUCCACACCAAACUCUCUCAUCCAUGUCUUUAUGGACCUUGCUUUGUGCACUGGUGUACAGUCAUGUUGGAACAGGAAGGGGUCAUCCCCAAACUGUUCCCUACAAAGCAUGAAAUUGUCCAAAAUGUCUUGCUAUGCUGAAGCAUUAAGAGUUCCUUUCACUGGAACUAAUAUGAUUUGAUUUAGAGAGGUGUCCCAAAACUUUUGGCAAUAUAAUGUAUAUUGAGAGAUGAUUGCUAAGAUGUAUAUUUUGUGUCGGCUAUUUUUCUAUUUCUCUCUUUUAAUGUUUUAGCUGCUCGUGAGUUAGGUGCCUUGUGGUUGAUAGGAAGAUUUCAGAAAUGAAAGAAAAAAGAAAAGGUCCAGGAGGCUUGUAGACAUUUAUUUUUCCUUCCAACCCUUAACACAAAAACACCAAGGUCAAUACUUCAUUUAUUGCUCCGUGUAAAAAAAAAAAAAAAUAAUACCAGAUGUUACUUUUGAAAAGAUGUCUAUUAUUUUUAUUUUUCUUAAAAAAUGUACGUUAUGCCACAAUCAAUCCAGAAAUGCUAUAUAUUACUGUAUGUGUGUCUAAAAUGAGGUUUACAGUUAGAGAAUGAAUGAACUAAUGAACAAUCUAACUCGGUCGAACGGAUGACUUUGCUUCUGGUCCAAAGCUGCAUUGCUGUACGUGUCUGAAUGUAAUCACUGUUCAUGACUCGAACUCAAACACAUCAUCGGUCCGACUCAAACACAGCCGUUUGGAUGUUUGCAUGUUAACGAUAGCUGCUAAGCUCUUAAUCAUGAAUUUUUUUUUUUUUUUAAAAAAAAACAUUCUGCUAAUUUAUAUACAUUAACGUAUAUCUGACAGGAUGAUGGUUAAUAGGCUUUUGCCCAGUGACUCUUUGUGACCAGUCCUGGGAUUAAAAACUUACACCUGAACUGUAACUUCUAUUAUUAUAACGUAAUGCUUCAAAUUCGCCAUCAUCAGUUACAGAAGCCAACGCAAAACCUCAACCCAGACAAAUUCCAUUCUGAAUGUUGUCAUUUUAUCCCAUAUUUUAUUUUAGCUACUACAACAACGAAUACGGGUCUGUUUUUACAACCGCUAUGUCAUACUGUUAACAUAAUAUAAGAAAUCACUCGAAAUGUGUUGUUUCAUUUAUAGCACUGUUUUGUUUUUAUUCUAAGAAAUUCUGAAUGUAUUAAAGGAGAAGUCUGGUCCAAAAAAAAAGUGCAAAAAUGUUGCUGAUGUGGAGUUAAUCAGUUAAUUUCAUUUGGCUAAUACGUCAUGUACAUCUUCCACCAGGAGUUAGCCAGUGUUGGCUAAUAAUGCUAACGAUGUGAACUGUGCACAUUUCUUCAGGAAGGCAGUGCAGGAUGGUAUCUCCUUCACAGAUAUAAGAGUUCUAUAUUGUGUUGAAUAUUUUCUUUUUCCGACAAGCCACUGUAUUGUGUAAGGAAUUUAUUUCUAAGCCAGGAAUCAGAUGAUCGCUGGACACUGGUCUCUGUUCAAACACUGGAUCUUAUCCUAUAGAACUGUCAGAUGUAUAAAUAUUUUGUAUAUCUUAUUGAGAGAAAUAAUAAUAAUAAAAAAAAAGAAGUCUUUUUUGCUAUUUUUUGUAUUCAGAGGUUUAAAAAAAAAAAAAAGAAACUUACCACUCGAAUUUAUGGGAUUAGUUUGUUUUAUACCAACCAAAAUUGGAGAUCCGGGAGAUGACGGCGUCGUCGGAAACCUGGUCAAACAGAAGAGGUUGCGAAAUAGCUUUAAUCUUCUGCUCUUUCUACGAUCUCGACCUUAGUGUUUUGGGUUGGCGUUAGUCGUGUUGACGUGCACUGUUCGAGGACGCAUCACACUGAAACUAGGAAGACACUCUGACGUCCGUUCGCUGCUGUUCAGAAAAAAAGUGUGACCAAAUACUAUUCUAUUCUAGAUGUCUAUACUGUUGUAAAGGCUUUACUGACUCUAGUGGGGCUACAGUAACUCAACGCCAGCCUAUUCACCUUAACCGAAUGUCUGUUUGCUUUUCUUGUUUUUCGUUUUUUUUGUUUUGUUUUGUUUUGUUGGGGGUCUUUUUUUUUUUUUCUUCUCGAUUCGUCAGCACAACGUGUGACGUUGCUCUUAACUAAGUCUAUACUGUAUAUUUAAAAAUGUAUGUAUACUACUGUACACUACAGUAUAUAUGUAGUCACGAAUCACUGUACAGUUUGGGGGUCUUUUUGUAUACAGUUUUUAACAGAUUGAUAUCUGUAGAUAUAUGUGGAUUUUUGCCAGCUUUUCGGUAGUUAUUAACAGCAAAACACAAAAAGCUGUAAAACUGCUUGUAAUAAAUAAAUGAAGAAAAAUC